CCCGGAAGUAAAUAACACAUUUCCAAAAUAAUGAUAGAGGACGCCCCGUAAACAAGAACUGUCGCAUUUUUGAGUACUUUAUAGCCCCACUGUGUGCUGAGGCCAGGAUGGAAUUGUUUUAACAUAAGUCCUCCAGAAGAUAUAGAAAAUCAGCAAUACAACAAUGAGUGGAGGUGGUAAAAUUCCACCUCCAAUCCCUCCCAGACCGGGCCAAGGGAUGCAGUAUGUAGGUGGCUUUGUUGGUUAUUCCGUUCCCCCACAAUCCUAUCAGUCAUCACCUUGGACAUCAAAUGGGAAUCAGGCUAGUCUUAGUGUAUCACGACCUCCAUCUAUCAACUUAGGCAAUCAGGCUGGUUCAUCCUUGAUCUCCUUGUCAUCACCAGAAGGGAAAACCAGUCCAAGAGCGCCGGCAACGUCAGGAUAUUUCAGUGACCUCCAUGACCUAGAUUUCUCACUGGUAGGGACACAAACCACGUCGCAGCUGUCCAGUUCAACCCAAAGCACAACCACAACCAAAGUGAACAUUUAUCCAGACAUAAGCGCAGCCUUUAGUGAAAUUAAAUCUCCUUCACCCCAGCCAUCCGCCAUAAUGGGACAACCUACAAACCGGAAUACAAGACCAGUCUUUAAUCCGCACCGUAGUUCCCUGCCCAUGUCGUAUGGGUGGGACACGUCCUUAACUCAACUGGCAACAACUGGGCUAGGGGGCAUAUCGCCAUCUGUGCCUACUAUGCCAUUGAACAAUCACUUACCAUUUCAACAACCUCAGGUUCAGACACCCUUGGCAGGAUGUAACUUAGGUGGUCAAUUUGUGCCCCAGAAUACUAAUUUCUACAGAGGAACUUCUUUGCAGACUGGUUCAGGUACAAACUUAUCAAAUAUGGCUGUUGGCUUUCCAAUGCCUCAUGCAGAUUUUUCAUCUAGUAACAAUACAAGAAAAUCUAAUACUUUACCGGCAGUUAAUAAAGCGCCUAUAAGUGAUACACAAAAAAGUGAAUCUUCUGUGCAUUUUGGUGAUUUUAAUUUAGUGCCAAAUGUGGACUUUCCCUGGACAGAAGCAGAUGCCUUCUUUGAUCAACAAGAACAAUCGGGUCCAUCUUCCUCGGACACAUUCGUGAAAGGACAUAAAAGGCAGAGUAGCGAUUUAAUCCAGCUGGGCUUUGAAGGAGUGAUGACAUCAGAGGAAAAAGAGUAUUUUUCAUUGGAAUAUUUUGACCCAUUGCAUCGCAAGGGUCGAUCAGUCUCGGUGUCAACCCCAGCAAUGACGUCCUCACAUUAUUUCUUUGCCAAGCCCCCCGAGGAAUCUGAGCUUAUCAGCAAGGAUCGUGGCAACUGGGUGACUUUUGAUGAAGGCGGGGCAGAGAUAGGCAGGAGUGGGGAUGAGUCUGAUGUCGUCGUGGAAACUUUGUUUGUUCCUAAUGAACCUGCUGACACAUCAACAGUUACUGAAAGGAGCACGCAUGAGCGGCUACGAAAGAAGUUGUACAUUGAUGAUGAGUCAGAUUGUUUCUGUCAAAUGGUAGCAGAGUUAAGGGAUGAAUUCAAGUCUACAGAUGAGUCUACAAACCUGGGAUUCAUUGUGGCUCCCAUGUGUGAGAAGAAAGAGCAGGGCUCUAUGACAGUGAAAAUCACAGUCCACUCUGUGUUCGCAGUGCAGCCAAUCUGUUUCACCAGUGACGUGCACAGCGUUGUGGAGCAUGUGAUUAACCAGAUACUCCACGGCUAUCUGUCAGCCAGCAUGCCAAGACACAUGGUGCUGUCCUUGAAGACCAGUGACUUCAUACUCAAGGUCAAUGACCGAUCAGAGUACCUCCUCAAUGAAUUCCCUCUAUCAAAGUACCGAUACACCCAUGACUGUUUGAAGAUGGACAGGGAUCUGUGUUUCCGCAUCAUGAGACGGCAAGAUGUGGCCUUACCUUUCCUUAGAACUAUAGAGGACGACAAUCAGCAGCUGUAUUUCCCACAGGACCAUGUGCGAGACACUGACGUCACUCGAGAUGGCUUGGAGAUUGUGAUGGAGACGUUUUACAAGGAAGUGGAGAGAAUAACUGACCUUGUACUGAAGCCUGACAUAGUUUUAAAGGAUGAGACAGACAGGGUUCAGUUUCAGCAACUGUCUCAGUCGGUGAAGGCCGUCUGUAACAUCUUGUCCAAGAUAGAGACCCUGGACAUCUUGAAGUCCCUCACAAAAGUGGAGUCCCUGAUCAACCAGAUGAAGGGCUCGCUCUUUGGCAGGUCCAGCACUGCAGAGCACAGUGAUGGAGGGUAUGCAACACUCCAAAGAGGGAGCAUGAAGAUGUCCCAUGUUCCUCAGCUGGAGGAAGCCCUCGAGUCACUCGUCAACUCAGUGAAGCAGCUCGUGAGAAUAUACUGCCAGGCCUUCCACACAGACUUUCAUCUCGGCACCAAGAUUGAUCAGCCCUGGGAUUUAAGAUACAAGCUGCCAGUUUGUGAAUAUCCACAGGAUGUGACUGGUUCAAAUGAGAGUGUCAUUGUGCAGAUAUGUACUAUACAUCGUAUACAACCAGACUGGUCAACAAGGUUUGAUGAGUACAAGAUGGAGUGUAGCCUAUUUCAUGGGACGAUCCAGUUGUGUCCAGCUGCAAGUUCUACUUGCGCUACCAUCAACAAUUCAGGACUGGUUCCCAUCAUCGUCUGGGAUGAAUGGCUGACCUAUGACAUUCAGCUGUGCAUGUUGCCCAGGGAGACUAGACUGUGCAUCACAUUGGUAGGUGUGAAAACGACACAGACUGGUUCUAGCGGUGAACCUCAGCAGGAAUCUACGCCUCUCGGUGGUGUCACCAUACAGGUCUUCAACAAACGAGGGUACAUGUUACAAGGCAGCCAGCUGGUGCCCCUGCAGAUGAACUGUGCCGCCGAUCCUGUGACUCCAUAUUGUUCCACUCUGCAACCAGACUCGGCCCUUCUACAGUUCAACCUGCCAGAUUUCGGGAAGCAGAUUAAUUUCUCUGAACCAUUGCGGAUGAAUGACAGUGACAAUAUGAAGAAAACAAUGAAAGACUUGGCCCCUGAAAUACAAGAAGAAAUUCAUGAAGUUAUGAAGAUAGACUGUGUAGCAACGUGCACAGCUGACCAGCUGGAGGUGCUGUGGAUCUACCGCUACCACCUGCGAGAGUACCCCAGCCUGUUGCCAUGGAUACUACAGGCUGCCCACGGGUGGGACUGGGCCAUGCUACCCGAGAUCUACUCCCUACUCAAGCACUGGUCUGUCCUACAGCCCAUGCAGGCACUAGAGUUGCUACUUCCUCAGUACCCAGAUGUGAGGGUGCGAGCAUUUGCAGUGGACUGCCUUAGAAAAAUGCCUACUGAUGACCUUAUUGACUUUAUUCCACAGUUAAUACAGGCUCUGAAAUAUGAAAGUUAUCACAGUUCCCCCCUGGCACGUUUGCUGCUGGAACAAUCAUGUCGUAGCGUGAGAUUCGCCCAUCAGUUCUUUUGGUUACUGAAGGGUGCGACGCAGGACCGGCUGUACAAGCGCAGGUACGAGCUGAUGUUUGUGGCGCUGGUGAGUGUGGCAGGGGAGGCGCUGUACCAGGAGUUCAAGAAACAGGAGGAGAUUAUCAAGGUGCUAACCACAACCGCCGAAAAGGUGCAGCAGGCCAAGGGCGGAGAGAAAGAGAUCCUUAGAAACAACUUCCUACGCAAGAACCUGGAUGUGUUAGUUGAGAUAUUCAAGGAGAAACAUCAUGUCUUACUGCCACACAACCCUGGGUACGAGGUGUCCGGCAUUGACAUGAAUUCUUGUUCCUUCUUCAAUUCCAACGCUGUACCACUGAAGCUUGUGUUCAGGAAUUGCACAGAAAACGUUGGUAAUGUGUACGCCAUGUUUAAAGUGGGGGAUGACCUCCGUCAGGACAUGAUGACCAUGCAAAUCAUACGCAUCAUGGACCGACUCUGGUUGAAGGAGGGACUUGAUCUGAAGAUGGUCACAUUUAGUUGUCUGCCCACUGGACCCAAGAGAGGUUUCAUAGAGAUCAUAACAGAGUCAGAGACGUUGCGUAAAAUCCAGGUGUCAUCAGGGGUGACAGGCUCAUUCAAGGAUCGACCAAUCAAAGACUGGCUGCAGAAACAUAACCCAACAGAGCUAGAAUACAAAAUAGCUGUUGAGAAUUUCACAUGUUCCUGUGCUGGUUACUGUGUGGCAACCUACGUUCUGGGAGUGUGUGACAGACACAAUGACAACAUCAUGUUGAAGGAGACAGGCCACUUGUUCCAUAUUGACUUCAACAAGAUACUGGGAGAUGCACAGAUGUUUGGAAAUAUCAAGAGAGAUCGUGUCAAGUUUGUCCUCACAUCAGACAUGGCCUAUGUCAUCAAUGAUGGUGAUCGACAGAGUGACAGGUUCCAGCAUUUCAUUGACAUGUGCGUUCAGGCGUUUAACAUCCUCAGGAAGAAUGCCAAUCUGUUCAUCAACUUGUUUUCACUGAUGUUGCGGUCAGGCAUUCCAGGGAUCACAGAGAAAGGAGUCCAGUUCAUCCAGCAGGCCCUGUUGCCUGGAUGCACAGACACCCAGGCACAGUCCAUGUUUACCAGGAUGAUCCAGGAGAGUUUGAGUUCCAAGUCAACACAACUGAACUUCUUCAUCCACAACCUGGCCCAGAUGAAGUUUUCUAGCCACAGUGAGGGGGCACUGCUCUCUUUUGUGCCAAAAGUAUACAAUCAGCAGGUAGACGGCAGAAUCAGAUCUGUUGAAGUGUUUGGAAUCCAGAAACGAUACCAACCAGAGAAACAUUAUAUCUACUCAUUACAAGUCGAAAGGGAGAACCAGAAAUUUCCCACUUUUAUUUUCCGUAUCUACUCCGAGUUUGUUGAGUUCAGGAACAAAAUGGCUGCAAUGUUCCCGCUGAUUAAUUGGCCCCCUCUUCAGGGGAGGGUUCUCCUAGGGCGUAGUCACGUGAAGGCAGUUGCGGAGAACAGACGGGCGGAGAUAGAACGCUUCUUACAAGGACUCAUGGCCUCCUCACCAGAAAUAGCCCAUUGUGACGUGGUUUACACGUUCUUUCACCCCUUGUUACGUGAUGAGCAGGGGCCACGAAGAGAGAGGCUCAUCAUGCCGAAACUCAGAGAGAGGAAGGGUAGCCAUGGCAAAUUAUCGCCAAAAUGGUCUGGAUCCAACUCGCUGAGUUCACCAGAGAACCCAUUCCACCACCAGUCCAGGCAGGGUCAGGUGAAGCUGUCUCUAGAGUAUGUGAAGGGAUCCCUGCAGAUCAUGGUGAUCCACGCCAAGGAUCUGGGCACAAAUCUUUCUGAGUUACCAAGCCCGUACGUGAAGACGUAUCUUCUGCCUGACCCUGAGAAACAGACAAAGAGGAAGACCAAGUCUAUCAAGGACACAACCCAUCCAACGUACAAUGAACUGAUUGAGUACAAGAUUCCAAUGGAGCAGCUGCGUUGCAAGCGUCUGCAAGUGACAAUCUGGGACCAGGCCAUGCUUGGGGAGAAUAAUAUCCUCGGGGCAGUGAACAUAAACUUCCGUGACCUUGACCUCUCCCAAGGGGUCACAAAGUGGUAUGAACUGGGACCCCUGCAAAUGGCCGAUUGAGACAUUUUUGUCUUCAAAUAGUUCAUCUGUAAUCAGUAAAGUUCUUUUAUAAAAGAAGGAAAGUAUCCACAUCUUUGACCUUGACCUUUCACAAUGAGGUCAAACAUGUCAUGAAUUUGGAUCCCUGCAAUAUCAGGUAGAAAUGUAUUGUCUCCAUAUAAUCAGUAUCAUAAUAAGGUCCCUUCUUACAAAAGAAAACUGCUCACUUCUGGGACCUCAACUGUUCACAUCUAUUAUUUAGUCAAGAAACUGGGCAGAUGGAAAAUAGAUUAUAACGCAUUGUUUUUUGUUACUAUUUGUCAUUUGUUUAACAAUGAAGAAUAUUGGCCUAUGUUAACUUGUCCGUUCCUUAGAGGUCACCUUGCAUAUUUUGUUAUAUUGCAUGUUUUGCAAUUCUUUUUAUCCAUAACCGACAUGUCAUGUUUUGUUGUGAGAAGGGAACUAGGCAUCACAAAUCCAAAAAAGUCUUAAAGAGUGAAAGAGUAAUUCUAUGGUGUAGGCAAUCUAAUGGCAGUUGAGGUUGUAUUAUCUGCAAAGAUUUAUAUCCAUAUUUUAUGAUUUGUUUGAUGUGACUCGGUGAAAGUCCAAAAUCUACAAAAUUGAAGCAUGUGUAUGAAUGAUAACCAAUGUUUAAAAAGUUUCAUGUUGAAUUGUUUCUUCUUUAAACAUAAUUUUUCUAUGAUGAGUCAAACUUGUUUUCUUGUCAGCAAGCUUUAAUUAUUUUUUGUAACAAGUAUCAUAUUUAUUUGGACAAAAAUCAAAACAUUAAGUUCCAGAACUGUUUGUUUUACUAGAUUGGGCCAUCAGUGUUUUACAACAAUUCACACAUGUUUAGUAUGGUAACCUGCAGUGAAGGAUGCCAGGGUCCUUAAAGUCUUUGAAGCUUGCUGGAAUUUUAAGCGCCACCUUUACAAGUAUGUAGAGAUGGCUUUCAAUGUCCUCAUUGUUGAACUACACCCGAAUACUUUGUAUUGUGAAAAAGUACAAAAAUGAUGAUUGUCUUAAAACUGCUUAUGAAUCAUCCGUGAUACGAAUAAAUGAGACAUCACUAAACCUUCCUAUGACAGUAUUGUGUUUAAAAUGAGUAUACAAAUGAAUUCCAAAUACGGUCAGUAUGUUUUACUUGUUAAAAAUUUUGUUUAAAUACAGAAACUUGUCAUAAAUAAAUACAAAGGAUAAUUUUCAGUGUAAAUUAUAUUUUUGUUUGCAAGAAUUUUUAAUAAAAUUUGAAUUUUACCUUUUCCUUAAGAAUUGUUUAGACGUUAGAUUAUUAACAAAUGAACACAAAACUAUUUUAAACAUACUUCAAACCAAUAUUGUACUUGUAUAAUCCUUUUAAAUAUUUUAUUUUCAAUGUCAUUCAGACUUGUAUCUUUUUGCACAUAAAAAUUACUUCAGCUUUACACUAGUAUAACUGAAGAAUGAGCUUUUUUGUAAAGGAUCAAAUAAUGUUUGCUUUAAAGCACUACUCUGGUGAGAUCAGUUAUGUAAAUACAAUAAAAAAACUUUACAUAAUUUAUUGCCAGUAUAAUACUGAAAUCCGUGGCAGUUAAAUGUUAUCUUUUUGUGUUUACCAAAUUUGAAGCUUAUCAGGACAUCAAUUUGGCUUUCUGUGUUUUUGUUCCAGAAAUAGUGUGAUAGAUUGAUAGUUGCAAUAAAACAAUGAGAAUACAAUUUGCAUAGUGAAUUCAUAGAUUAUCAGACCUUAUCAUAGACUUACAAACAGGAACAGAUGCCAAUUAUUCUUCAAGAGUGUUAGAUGUUUGCUAUGUCAUCAUGUAAUAAUAAAAUAAUUUAAUUGAUUAUUCAAAAAGACAUUUAAUUUUGUUUAUUAUAUUUUUUAAUAGUAAACAUUGUUCAGUCAUAGCUUUCUUAGUAUGAAUAAUACACAUUUACACAGGCAGGGUUGUUCUUUUGUGUUUGUACCAUAUUCAUGUUCAAGACAGAUCUUUUUGUUUUUGACGUUAUUAUCUAUACAACUGGCGUCAUUUUUUGUACAAAUAUGUCAUAAUUAUCAGUAAUAAUGCUGAUGUCCAAGGCAGUACCUGCAAUUAUUUAUUUUUUUCUGAAAAAAGCAAUCAUGUAACCAUGGGUGUGGAACAUAUAGAGGAUAUUUGUUCAUGUCAGUGUAAGAUCUAUUGUUAUUUCACGAGUGAUCAUAGAAAUUAUAUUUUCACGAGUGGCGCAGCCACGAGCGAAAAUAUUAUUUUUCUAUGAUUACGAGUAAAAUAACAAACGAUCUUACACUGACAUGAACAAAUUUUCUGUUUCUUUUAUGCCCCCUUUUCAAGAAAAUAAUUAACAGCUGUUUCCCUUUCGCUGAAAAGUUACCCUUUCUCGGAGUUUCUCCCGUGGCGCGCCUCAAUACAUUUCAAAGCACAAAAUGAGGUCAUUAGUAUGACGAAAUGACGUCAUUAUACCAGGGAAUUUCCAUUAAAUUAUAUUUUACAAUAUAAAUAAACUGUGAAUUUAAGCAUAAAAUAAAAAGAAAAUGUGUUGGAUUCGGUGGUAUGUCGAUUUUAAUUCACUCGUAAGCAUAGAAAAUAUAUAAAAAAUUAUUUAUGAUAAUCUAAAAAUAGAAAAGGAGUUCAGAAAAUUUGUUCUUUUCAUCGGUGAAAAUAACAAUUUUUUAUUUUCACUGCUGUUAUUUCACUGCAGAAAUGUCAUAUUUUAUCAUUAGGUAUAAAAGAAACAAAAUUAUAUCUUCUGGUAAAUGUAAGAAAGAGGAGACUAGUAUAUUGUUGAAAUCAUGUUAUUUGUAUAUUCUGGUAUUUUUCAUGUAACAUAAAUGUUCUUGAGGAUCAACAUUUAUCAUUUCUCUGUAGUUUUUGAGUCAUUAAUUGUUGUAUCUGGUAUAUGCAGUUUCAGUUAGGAUUAUCUGUUUAGUUUAAACCUAUUUAAGCUACUCUCUAAAAUAGUGUUUAUUGCAUUGAUUUCGGGAUUAUUAAUUAGCCAAUAAGGAUGUCUGGCCGGCCAUUGCAUUAGGUUCUCUAUCUUGUCCAGCUGUGACUUAUGCAUGAAAAAAUGUGUAUACUACUGUUAUAAACAUAUAAACUGGUAUACAUAUUACAAUCUGGAAUCAAGAUUAAUAUAUAAAAGAAAGUCCCUUUAAACCGCUGUUUUAGUGCAAUUAAACAUAUUUAGCAUGUGUAUUAUUAAAUCCAUAAUGGAAAAAAGAUAAGCUGAUGUCAUUAUAUUUAUUAUAUUAUUAAUAGAAAUCACAAGUAGUUUUGGCAAUCUUUAUACUUGCAUCUCACAUAGAUGGCCUUGAUUGAAGUCUAAGUUGAUUCAUGUGAGAUUUUGCGCUUGUCACCAUACCACAAUGGCAGGAUUAGCUCUGACCCCUUUAAUACAAAUCUCAAUAAAAAAGCAACAACAAAAUAGCUUUCCAAAUUUUGUACCAACUUGUCUUAACUCUUUUCCACUUUAAUAGAAGCAAAGUGCAAAUGGCUAUGUGCAAACAGCAUAAAACCAGAACACCCUGCAAGUAACUCGCAGUCUGUUCAGGUGUUAUGCUGUUUGCUGCUCAUCAGUACCUAAGGUUUGGAGAUGAAGCCUUAAAAGCUUGAAUUUAUUAACAAUGGUCUUAAAUGAAAUAUAAUUUUCUAAGGGACUACAAAUGCGUGGAAAUACGUAUCUAAGUGGUGAAGAGUUAUAUAAGUCUGAAUGCUGUGAGACACUCCUAGUUAUCACACAAUGAUGUUUAAAUGCAGCAUUUAAAUGCAGGUACAAAAACCUCAUAUUUCUCUGUUUGAGUGUUUCAUAACUUUGUUGUUACGUUUUUUGCUACCAAAAUGCGAUCUGAGGAGCUUGCCAGUUUCAUCAUUAUUUGCAUUAUAUGUCUGGUUCUACGUGUGCAAUACUUUUUUCUUGGUUGUUGCUUUAAACAAGAGAAAAUUCAAGGCUUGCUUUCUCUUUUUGACUUAAGAAACAUGUUUAAUGAAGAUACUUCAAGAAAUGGAUCACUAGUUUUUAUGUAGAUUGUUUGUGUUUUGCAUUAAUCUGUGUUUUCUACCACACUAGACACAAUUUUGUAAUGUUUUCUAUAUGUUAAUUACAUGUAGUGCGUGCAUGUUCAAGAAAUGAUUGUCACAAUCAUGUUUCCAUAGCAACAGUCUCUUGCAUUUUCAUUUCUUUUUCUUUGAUAGAAGUAAUCUUUGUUAAGUUGCUGUUUAGACAUUUUACAUAUUUCUUAUUUUUGUUGUUGUUUUCUGUGUGCUAGCAUUUGCGUAUUUGUUGCAAAUGUUACUAAAUAUUGUAUGCACCUAUGCUUUUACAGAGGUUCAAUUCUUCAUUUAGUUUUAGUUCACCUGAGCGAAAUUUACUUAUAGUUAGCUUUUGUGACUGGCCUUGGCUGUUGUUUGUUGUGCAAUGUCGAUUGUAAAUAUUUGCACUGUAAAAAUUCUACAAGCCACUUUUAAUGCCCGAUCUUCAUGAAACUUGCUGAUAACAUUUCUCCAGAUAUAUCUGAAACAAGUUUAAAGCUAUGUCACUUUGGAUCAAACAUAAGGUCACUAGGUCAAAAAAAAUAAACUGAUGAACAUUUUAAAAGCCACAUUUAUUGCCUUAUCUUCUUUAAUUUUGGCCAGAACAUUAGACCCAAUCAUUUUUCAGAUGAUUUUGAAAACUGGGUCAUGUUGGAUCAUAAACAGGGUCACUUAAUCAUAAUGUUACAAACUUGCGAGCCCUCUAGAGGCCACAUAUAUUGUUUUAUUUACAUGAAUUUUGUCAAAGCCAUUGUCAAAAUGAUUCCUCAGUGGAGUUAAAACUAGGUAAAAAAAAAGGUCAUUAGGUCAAAUUAAAAAAAAAAUGUGGACACUUUAGAGACGGCAUGUGUUGUAUAAUCUUAAUUAACUUUUCAGAAAAUUUGUUCCAAGUUCAUAUCUGACCAGUUUAACCCUUUGCAUGCUGGGAAAUUUGUCGUCUGCUAAAAUGUCGUCUGCUGAAUUUGUAAAAUUAGCAUUUUCUUUGAAUUUUUUUCAAAGAAUACUAUCAGCAUAGCAAACAGUUUGGAUCCUGAUGAGAAGCCACGUUAUGUGGCGUCUCAUCCGGAUCCAAACUGUUUGCAAAGGCCUUCAAAAUUUGGUUCCAGCACUGAAAGAGUUAAAACUGAGUCAUGUGGGAUGAAAAAUUAGGUCACCAGGUGAGACUUGAAGAAAAAACUUUUGAACACUGUACAUGCCUUAUUUAUUAUCUUAUAUUGAUGAAACUUGGUCAGAACAUUUGUCUCAAGUUCAAAGCUGGUUAACACAGCGUCAAAAAAUGUCACUAGGUCAAUGGGUAGGUUGUCCCUGCAUUCCUGGAGGAUAUGUCCAGCGGUUCGAGCUGGAAUCUCUUGUUCAUGUAGUGGGUUAGUUUAUUGUGACUUGAACACAUUCAGAAGAUAAUCACCUGUUGUUAUCUGAGGAGGUUAAACAUACAUAGUAACUGUCCUGUGGCUGUACCAUUCUGAACAAGCACUUAAGAGUGGUGUUCUUUUCUUCUAGACUGACUCUGUUCUCCUCUUGGUUUUCUUCUGAUCCCAGCUUUGCAUUGCCUCUGCCUUAUCAUUUUCACUGUAUAUGCAGUGAUAGGGGGUCAGCUGGAGUACAAUUCUGAAGUGCUGGUGUUUUGCAGCAUUGCAGUGGCUGAGGCAAUUACUUGCCUGUUGUUGCUCCUGGGGCUUGAAAAAGGGAUAGUAAAACUAUUUGAAAACUUCAUCAAACUUUUACCCGCACAUCUUGAAUCUUGCUCAGAACAUUUUACAGUUUUGUUGUAAUGAUAUCAUCAGUGGUGAUUUAUGAAUGAUUAUCGGUAGUAAAAUUAGUUUAUUAAGAAGGUUAGUAACUUGGGUCUCGGAUUAGCGCCUUAAGGUCUUAUAGCCCUCUUAUUAUUUAGGAAUUUGGUGCUAUGCUGAAUGUGUGUUUUUAGAUUGCAUUUGAAUUUUUUGCUCUGUUAAUAGCUAUAUUAUGUGCAUGACUCAUAUAAUAAUACAGAAAUUUCAAUCCCAGGACUUAAGCAAAUAUUGCAUUUUAUACCAUUUUAAGUGUUAAUUUGAUCAAAUGAUUAUCUAUUUAUAUUGCACAGUAAACAACAGUGAAUCCUGUUAUAAAUUAGAAUCAUGUUGAAUGUUCUUAUACAAAAAUUAUUUAACCACUAAUUGUUAUUGUAAUUACCAACUCUCAAUUAUCCCUACAAGAUGUUGUUGGUCAUACAUGGAUGUUUAGCCAAAAAAUUAAUUCUAAAUAUUUUAAUGCUUUCUUAUUGUUGUUAUAUAAGAAUACCCAGGUUUUAAGGCAUACUUUAAGAUUAUAACUUUAUAAGUGUGUAUGUGUCCUUAUGUAUGUCAUAGAAAAACUUUUUCUUGGCAGUUAUCUGUACUAGUGUAUGAUUUGUGUAUUUAUUUAUAUAUAAAUAUGAACUAUUGAUAACAAUGCCUGUGAUAUCCAUCUUCAUGUCUAGAACUUCAAUAAAACAUAUAAGAUUG